AUGGAGGUAGCCAACUAUUCUUCCGGAAUGAGCCUCCCAGGUUUAACACUCGGACCAUUCGCGCAGGAUACCAUGUAUAUGUAUCGCAACAACUCUGUUAGCUGGGACCCUUCCAUUGGGGACAGUCUUUUGCACAAUGUAUCGGUGUCUAACAGCACCGCGAAUACUACUGAUAUCUCACCGCCUAUCGUGGAACGCCCUGACGGUGCCGGCGGGCUUGAAAUAACACUUGUGCCCAUCUUUUUUGCUAUGAUAGUUUUCAUCGGGGUGACUGGUAAUUCUAUUGUAUUGUAUAUUAUACUUAAGCAUAAGGAGAUGCAGACUGUGACCAACUACUAUAUAGCUAACCUAGCCUUGGCAGAUAUAACGUUUCUGGUAAUCUGUACCACGUCUACCGCUGCCUUGUACGCCACGCCUCAGUGGUACCUCGGAGACUUCACCUGUCGAUUCGCUGGAUAUAUGCAGUAUGUAUCUGUGCAAGCGACAUGUGCUACUUUAACCGCCAUGACAGUCGAUCGUCAUUUCCUGAUUGUCCAUGCAGUACGUUCACGGAACGCCACAAUUCGUAAACCCAUGAUGGCGAUGAUGAUAAGCGUAUUUAUAUGGAUAGGCGCUUUCCUACUACACGUGCCGGUAGCCAUAUACACAAGACAAGUGAUUGAUAGCGAUGGUGAGCCGUACUGCCGAAGAAUCUUUCCUGAUGCAUUGGCACACAAGAUGUAUGAAGUGUAUUCGUUCAUUGUGAUGUAUAUUCUACCACUGGUCAUCAUCACCGUCUGCUACACUAUGAUACUGCAGCAGGUAUGGCGACGUACUUCAAGUGGCACCGAGAGUGCCCAGGCGAUUGAACGUUCCAUACGCCGUAAGAGGAAAAUCACCCGAAUGGUGCUGAUUGUUGUUGUACUCUUUGCUAUCUGUUGGGGCCCACUACAGAUUAUGAACCAGUGGAUGAUACUCGACGUGAAAUACCCAUACGAAUCACAUCCAGUGUAUCACUUUCGUAUCUUCUGCCUGUGUCUAGCCUACACCAACUCUUGCGUCAAUCCGUUUGUCUACGCGUUCACCACAAACAGUUUUCGGAAGUAUUUCAAGAGGCUGUUCUCGGCUUGUUGCCCACAUGGUAAUGGAUUUACUCACACUAGUGUUACAAAAUCUACUAGAAUGUCGGACAAAAUGUCUCGUACAGAAGAUUCUGUAUCCAUGUAA